AUGGAGUCUUCCCCGCCUCGCCGUAGUCGUGCACGUACAAGCGCCAUCGCCGUCCGGUCGGAAGGCUACCCGGACUCGCCGCCUACUCGCCAUCCCCGCCCAUCGCGUGUACCGGGUUCGAAUCGCGAACGCUCUGUCCCGCCACCGCCCAAGUCAAGGGGUACACCGAAGACCCCGCCCGCUCGGGUUAGGCAAUCGACCUAUGCUGCCCCCUCCGCGAAGUUACAAGUCCUCGUUGACCCGCCUCCUACCAACGAUACCCUCACCGCCGAUCCACCCCAGUUACCCAAGACGCCGACGACGACGCCGAAGAAGGUCAAACGACGCGCAACGGCACAGGGAUCGAUCGGCGCUCGCAAGAGCUUACCUGCUCCCGACGCCUUGACAUCUCCCAAGCUUAGCGGUAUCGCCCGGCCCGUUAGCGACGCCUCGGCCGCGACCAAGUCCAUCGCUCGCCCAGUCCGCACCGCGCGCGCGAGCUUGCCUCUCAUCCAAGUGCAUGGCCAAGCCGAAUCCGGAAGAGAAGGCGUCGUCUCGCCACCACCCCGUCUUCCACCUGUGACGCGGUUGCCGCCAAUACCCACAUCGCCGCCUAUCCCGCUCUCACCGCCUUUCGGAGCUUCGCUCGACUUCCUGAGGUUCAAUUCGGGAAGAGAGUCUGUUACGGCGAUUGCGUCGACGCUGCAGAUACCGAUCUCUCCUCCGCUGCCGGCGCCCAUUAGCAUCGAUCUUCAAGAUCCUGCGUCCGUAGUGGCCGAAGAGGCGGAGGAGCCGGCGGGGGAAGGCCCGACGAUGACGUCGGACGAAGUCUUGUCGAAGAUAGACGCGCAGAUCGCGUUUGGAAAUGAGGCGAUGGAGAAGAUCAAUGAGCGAAUUGCGCGGAUAUAUGAGAUGAAGGUUGACUGGAGGAGGCAGGUUCGGAUGAGCAGGACUCUGUGA